CUCCUGUACAUUGUAACAAACAAACAGAAAUACAAUUCUCUUUUCUCUUAUUCUUCAAUUUCAACAGAGAUAUUAUGCUCACUAUUUUGUAUAUCACAUUAUUUAUGGACCUCUUUUAUAGAAAAAGAAAUAAACAUAUCAAAAGGAAUUAUUUUCGCUUUAGUAUAUAUUUGUACAUAUAGAAAUUUUUACGUGAACUUUCAGAUUUCUUGUUGGCUAUGCUCACCAAAGUUCAAUGCAAUUCGCAAUGCUCAUGCAUGCAAAUUGACUUCUUAAUCGUAAUUGGCAUGUUAUGUUCGUGUCUCUGCACAAAGAAGAUGCACUCAAAAAAUCAUAGUCCUCUUGAACUCGUGCAUAGAAAUUUUCAUGUAAACUCAAAUUUGCUUCUCUCUACAUCUCAAAAGUUCAGAGAACUUUUCACGCAUAGGUGCUGAACUCAAUUACAAUUUCUUACGCUCGAAUCUGAAAAUUUUUCUUGAUGGAAAAAAGGGAGGCAAGGCUACCCUCACGUAUCUUAAAAAUAGCAAAAAUAAUUGGAUCCCAUGAACCAAUGAAAUGUUUCCAUCAUUCUAUCAUCUGAUACGUACUCACAACAAGCCCCUGGAAUAGGAAAGGAAAAGUCUAUCUAAAUAUUACGCCAGAUGAGAGAAUUCAACAUCUCAACAAACCACACAAUUUCCCUGAGGCUUCUCAUUAUUACUCUUUGGCCCGUCGUCAGCGUUUCCUCUUCCAAUAAGCUCUUCGUCAUGGCUCUCGACAUCAUCACACCAGCGUCAGUUGGUAUUCCGUUUUUCAGCUAAGCCCUUCAGCUUUCUAUUUAUUAAGCCAACGUCCAGAGAACACCACGCAGCCACACCCCAAGAAAACCUUACGACCACUUCUAAACUUCUGCUGCGUACACCACCUACCUCCUCCAUGGAUUCCAUUGCUUCCUUCCUCAAUGCUCCGCGCCCUGCCGCUUCCCUUCGCAAGAGAUGGCGCAUCGCCUGUGUCGUCAUCCUCUCCUGCCGGGCAAUGCGAUCUCUCCCUCGGAGGGCUCUCGUCGGAGUUCUCCGAAGCCCGUCCUUCACUGCACUCAACAUCCAAUCCUUCCAUGAUGAAGAUGGAAGCAGCGAGGAGACGCCAUUCUCUCACGUUGACAUGGAGAGCUUGAUGAAUCUAAUGAAGAAGAAGAGCCUCGAGGAUCUCCGACUUCUCGGGGGCGUCGGCGGUCUUGCUGCCAUGCUGGCUUCUGAUGCUGACACUGGAAUUCGGGGCAGCCAUGACGAUCUCCAACUCAGGCGCAAAACGUUCGGAUCGAACACGUACAUCAAGCCGAUCCCGAAAGGGUUCCUUCUGUUCAUCCUCGAUGCGAUCAACGAUGCUUUUCUUCUCAUUCUUGCUGGCUGUGCUGUGCUCUCUCUUGUCUUCGGUAUCAAAAUACAUGGCAUCAAGGGUGGAUGGUACGACGGCAUGAGUAUAUUUCUUGCCAUAUUUUUAGUUGUCGCCGUGUCGGCCUUCAGCAACUUCAGACAAGACCGGAGGUUCCGCAAGCUCUCAGCUGAAUCAUACGUCCUCAAGGCUACUGUCGUUAGAGGUGGCCGUCGUCAAGAUGUGUCCAUCUUCGAUGUUGUAGUCGGGGACGUCGUCUUCCUCAAAAUCGGCGAUCAAGUCCCUGCCGACGGGCUGUUCCUGGAUGGCUAUUCGUUGCGAGUUGACGAAUCGAGCAUGACAGGGGAGAGCAACCAUGUAGAAAUCGAUGGUGAUCGAAACCCCUUCCUCACCUCUGGAGUCAAGGUGGUCGAUGGCUAUGCUCGCAUUCUCAUCACCUCUGUGGGCAUGAACACUACCUGGGGUGAAAUGAUGGGCUCAAUCAGUCGCGACACCGAUGAGCGAACGCCGUUGCAAGAAAGACUCCAGAAGCUAACAUCGAAAAUCGGGAAGAUCGGCAUGACGAUUGCCUGCAUCGUUCUUGCUGUGCUCUCCAUCCGUUACUUCACCGGGAGCACCAAGGAUGAGAACGGGCAGCGAGAGUUCAACAGAAGAACGGCGACAUUUGACAAUGUGAUGAAUGAUAUGGUCGAUAAUAUAUCCGCUGCAGUUACCAUCAUAGUUGUGGCAAUCCCAGAAGGUUUGCCGCUGGCGGUGACGCUCACUCUAGCUUACUCCAUGAAAAGGAUGAUGGAGGAUCAGGCUAUGGUCCGAAAUCUCUCGGCUUGCGAGACCAUGGGCUCGACCACCACCAUUUGCACCGACAAGACUGGCACCUUGACAUUAAAUCGCAUGAAGGUUGUCAAGUUUUGGGUGGGAGAACAAGAAGUUGUAAACGGUGUCAGGUUUGUGGCAAGAAGCGUCGUUGAGUUGCUUCACCAAGGAGCGGCCUUCAACACGGCAGGGUCUGUCUACAAGUCAAACUCGGCGUCAGAGCCAGAGUUUACUGGUAGCCCAACCGAGAAGGCCAUUCUUUCCUGGGCAGUGAUGGAGCUGGGAUUAGAAUUUCAUGAACUGAAGCAGAGCUGCACCAUCCUCUGUGUUGAGGCUUUCAAUUCAGAGAAGAAGCGCAGUGGAGUUCUUGUUAGGAAGGAAGAUGAAGAGACGACUGCUAUAUCACAUUGGAAAGGAGCAGCCGAGAUGAUUCUGGCUAGGUGUUCCAAUUAUUAUGAGAGUGACGGUACAGUCGUAGCAAUUGAUGCAGAGAAAAGAUCAAAGCUUGAACAAAUUAUAGAUGGUAUGGCAGCAUGUAGUCUUAGAUGCAUUGCUUUCGCCUGCAAACAAGUGAUGAGAGAAGAUAACGAGAUUUCCGCGGAAAAUAAUAUCUACAAACUUGAAGAAAAUGAAUUAACAUUAUUAGGAUUAGUCGGUCUGAAGGAUCCAUGCCGUCCGAUGGUGAGAUCAGCAGUCAAAGCUUGCAAAUUAGCCGGUGUAGAUGUUAAAAUGAUAACUGGCGACAAUAUCUUCACAGCAAAAGCCAUUGCUUCUGAAUGUGGAAUACUUACACCUUACGAUGCUGAUAUAGAUGGAACAGUAGUAGAAGGAAAAGAAUUUCGAGAUUAUUCGAUGGAGGAAAGGUUGGAAAAGGUCGAUAGGAUUCGUGUGAUGGCGAGGUCCUCUCCUUUCGAUAAACUCUUGAUGGUGCAGUGCUUGAAACAAAAGGGUCAUGUUGUUGCGGUCACCGGCGAUGGCACGAAUGAUGCCCCUGCCCUGAAGGAAGCUGAUGUUGGAUUAGCCAUGGGGAUCCAAGGGACUGCCGUCGCAAAGGAGAGCUCGGACAUUGUCAUCCUGGAUGAUAACUUCCAUUCAAUUGUGACAGUGCUGAGAUGGGGAAGGAGUGUUUAUAAUAACAUUCAGAAGUUCAUCCAAUUCCAGCUUACAGUGAACAUCGCCGCGCUUGCGAUCAAUUGUAUUGCGGCGAUUUCCUCUGGCAAGGUUCCAUUAACAACUGUGCAGCUUCUGUGGGUGAACUUAAUUAUGGACACGUUGGGAGCGUUGGCAUUGGCCACCGAAAGACCAACGCCGGAGUUGAUGAAGAAACCUCCUGUAGGUCGGAUUGAGCCACUUAUAACAAGGGUUAUGUGGAGGAAUCUCAUUGCCCAAGCUCUGUUUCAGAUCAUUGUUCUGUUGGUGCUACAGCUGAAGGGAGGAUCAUUUUUUGGAGGCAAUGAGAGGGUCAAGAACACAGUGAUCUUUAAUACUUUCGUUCUUUGCCAAAUAUUUAACGAGUUCAAUGCAAGAAAUCUGGAGAAGAAGAAUGUGUUUGAGGGUAUUCACAAGAAUUGGCUCUUCUUAGGGAUAGUGGCAUUUACUCUGAUCCUCCAGGUGGUGAUGGUGGAGGUUUUAAAUAGAUUUGCAAGCACAACAAGGUUAAAUUGGGGCCAGUGGAACCUCUGUUCUGGAAUCGCAAUGCUCUCAUGGCCGAUUGGUUGGGUUGCCAAAUGCAUACCUGUUUCCAAUUAGAAGUUUGCUGCCUUCUUGAUUGUUAGGACUCUCUCUCUCUCUCUCAAAGGUCUUCUCGUGCUUGUUUUUAAUUUUUAAGAUAGACAUAUUAAGGUCAUCUCGGUUUGAAUAUGUAUGUAUCAAUAAUUUGUGAAACUUAUUCCAAAUUUGAUGGA